AUGUUGGCGCGAAAUCGAGUUCAAACCUCGCGUCCGCGCGCGUCGCUCCAGAACGCUCCGCGCGGAGCGGUCCGAGGCGGCAGCCGAAUCUAUCUACACGCAUCCAUGGCACGCGAGUGCGUCGCGCCGCCGCCCGCCGCGGACGAGCGCGGGGACACCCACCCCGUCGCGGCGGACGAGCGUUUGAAAAAAUCCCCCGUGACAACGACGAUUCUCCCCGAGAAGAGAAAACGCGGACGGCCGCCGAAGCGCAAGCCGUCGGACUUCGCCGCGGACGCCCCCGCGGCGCCUCAGACCGCGUCAGGGGGCGAGCGUCCCGGGAAGAAGGAGCGCAGACGCGUGUCGUCGCCGCGCGAGGUGCGCACCGCGCGGAUCGCGUUCGGAUUGUUGUUCGUUGUUGGCACACCAGCCCUAGGCACUUCUUUUCUGUCGCGUCGUCCGUUCGAAUCUCACUCGCGUCGCCGUCGCCGUCCCACCCCCUCCGUCCAUCCCCGACAGCCCGUCGCCGCGGAAGCGUUCCCGGCGUCCCCCGGAUGCACCACCCCCCAGGCCGCGGCCGUCGCGGCGGUCGUCGCCGUCGCCGGGGACGCCGCGGAGGCGGACGCGCGAGACCCGUCGUCGGAGGGUCCGCGCUCGCCGUUGGACGUGCUCGUCGACGCGGCGUCGCAAGGAAAGCCGACGCGUCGGCCGUCGGGCGGCUCCGACGCGGUCAAGAAACUCCUCGCGCGCUCGCCGCUGCGCCCGAUGCCGCUGCUGUACGCGGACCGCGGCGUCGGCGACGGCGUCGUCGACUACGACGAGAUCGCGGAGGACGAGACCGUCAAUCCCACGGAGGCGGAUGGCAUCUCGCGUCCGACGGGCUUUCACGGCUGCCUCGUCGCGGAGCUCGGGAGGCUCGCGGGGCUCCCGGACGGCGCGCGGUACCGCCUCGCCGCGGACGCGGAACAGCGCGAGGCGGACGAGAAGCGCGCGCACAUCGCGCGCGCGGAGGCGGCGGAGGAGAGCAAGGCUCAGCUCGAGCUGACGGUGCGCGCGUACGAAGCGGACGCGAGCAAGUUGAGGACGGCGCUCGCGAAGACCGCGGCGAGCGCGGCGGCGGCGGAGAUGAAACUCGAGGAGAUGGAACAGAGACUGCGGGACGUCGAUGAGAACCGACUUUCGGCGGAGGAUAGUGUUCAUCUCCUCCUCGACCUUGGCGCGGAGAAGACUGCCGCGACGGAGGAGAAGCUGCGCGAGCUCCGGGCGGCGGCGACGCGCGCGGAGGCGAGCGCGAAGGACGCGAUCGCGAGGGCGACGACGCGCGACGAAGAGAUGGCGAAGCUCGAGGCGGAGCUCCGCGCGAGCCGCGAGGAGACGACGCGAGCGCUCGAGGAGGCGAGAGCGUCGAAGCUCGCCGCGGAGGCGAAAGCGGCGGAGGCGGCGAAGUUCCGAGCGCAGACGGAGAAAGCAGUCGCCGCCGUCGAAGCCGCCGCCGCGGAGGUGGUCGAAGAGGGGGCGCGAAAAGAGGUCGCGUUCCAGCAGCGCCUCGACGCCGCCGUCGCCACCGCCGUCGCGGUCGAACGCAGACGCGCGGAGUCCGAGGGCGCGCGGAAGUUUGGGCACGGCGGCGCGUGCACGCCCGCGGGGGCGCUGUCGCGAUCGCGCGAGGGGACUCCGGGGUUGGUGCUCACCGCCGCGCACACGCCGUUCAGCGCGGCGGCGGCGUUUUGUUCCAACGCGCAGACGCCGUGCACGACGACGCAGACGCCGGCGGCGGCGGAGGACGACCGCGAGCCGGUCGCGCCGCCGGCGCCGGGGCCGGCGCCGGCGAGCCAGGCGGACCCACCCGAACGCGGGUCAACCGGGGUGAGGAAAUUCAUCGCGCGGCAUUUCAAGGAUCUGCACGGCGAGCCCGCGUCGUUGUGCUCGCUGUUGGAGUCCUCGGAGCAGGCGAACUUCUCCGCCGAGGAGGUGUUGAGCGUCCUCGCGAAGCUCUCGGUGGACACGCCGCGGCGCGCGGCGGCGUACAUGGUCACCAUACACGAGAUUUGA